CUGCAAUCAAAUAAUCCAUUCAGCGGGCUAAACUAAACCAAAUAAGACAAGACUUUCGAAAUGGCUCUCCAGACAAUAUUAUUUGAUUUUACAUUGGAUGCUGAAAAAACAGCAACAUCGGCGCAACGCCAGGAGGUUGCCCGAGUUGUUCGCAGCGAGUUGGAGCAUGUGUUUUCGCAACUGGAAUUGGCAUAUUCUAUGGAAUCGACGGAUAAUGGCUACUUUGCGGUGCUGCAUGAAAAUAAGGAAACGAUUGUAACAUGUCGCAUAUUUCAACAGGGACUGUUGACCAUCAAUGUGGAGUAUUAUCUGGCUGACGGCAAGGAGCCUCUCAUGUCCUUUGAUACUGGCAAACGUGUGGAAAAUGCCAUAGCCAAAAAAUUGAAUGCCCUUUGGGGUCAGAAGUUGCCAACAUUGAAGCGCGGCGAUGUCGCUAGGUAUUUUCCAUCGUCAGAUGAGCGCAUCAUUGAAUAUGAUAUUGAUACUCUCGUUUAUGAGGCACGAUCGCCUUUCCAAAAGAUUCAGAUUAUGCACUCCAAAACACUGGGCAAUAUGCUAAUUUUGGACGAAUUGCAGAACAUUGCCGAGUCCGAUUUGAUCUACACAGAGACUCUCAUGGGCCGUGGCAUUGAAAACUACGAGGGCAAGGAGAUAUGUAUACUUGGCGGCGGUGAUGGAGCCUUAUUGUAUGAGCUGCUCAAGGAGAAGCCAAAGCAUGUGGUUAUGCUGGAAAUUGAUGAGCUGGUCAUGCAGGCCUGCAACAAGUAUUUAAACAGUAUUUGUGGCGAUGUCUUGGAGAAACGCAAGACCGAUCAGUAUGAGAUCAUUGUAGGUGAUUGUGUGGAAUAUAUGAAAAAGUUCAUUGCAGAAGGUCGCAAGUUUGAUUAUGUUUUCGGCGAUUUAACUGAUAUACCCAUAAGUGGUGCUCCGAUUGGAGAAUGCUGGGAUUUCAUACGCACCAUUUUUGAGCAUUCGUUCAAGUUGCUGCAGCCAGAUGGCAAGUUCUUGACUCACGGCAAUGGCACCAGCUGCUUGGAAUCAUUGCAGUUGUUUGAGGAUCAACUGCGUUUGCUUAAGCCGAAGGUGAAGUUUACCACAACGAAGGCGUUUGUGCCAUCCUUCAUGGAAGAAUGGCUCUUCUAUCAAGUGACCUUCGCUUGACCAGCUCGAGAAAAUUCAUUAACGCGACGACAAGCAACACAAUUAAAGCUAAAAGCAACAACUACCACAUCGUGUCUCCAAAAUGCUACAUCCAUAACAACAACACAAGAAGAUCACACAACCGCAACACAAUUUGAUAAAACUGAGCUCAUCACCAUGGAGCCAAUUAAACUGCACAGCUACACCGUGAUACUGCAUGCAGCCAAGGAGCAGCAGCAACAACAGCAGCCAAAGAAGAAUCGUCGUAAAAGACGUGUGCACUAUCAUCAUACUCUGGUUUCAUAGUGGAUGCUUUUACAAAUGAAACCCAAAGAAAAAGACAAACUAACAACUAUAUAACAUCACAAAGAAUAUAACUCACACUUCCAAUGGCUGUAACUUAGCAUCUGAAAACCAAACCAAAUAUUUAAAGCACAAUUUAUAUAAUUUAAGUUAGGAUUUAGUUAUGUUACCAUGCACUUUGAUUUUCGAUUGUACUAAAUUUUAAGUCAGCAACGAUCAAAGGCGAAAAGGAGAUAUUUUAUGUACUUAUUUUGUGCUUAUUUAAAUUAUGUUUAACGUCUAGUGUUUUCGUACACAUAAUUUACAUAUAUAAUAUAUAGGCAUUACUUAGAAUUCAUGUAUUCAAUUUUCAAUUAGAGGCACUCGAGAUCGCGUGUAUGCAAAUAAGAGUGUGAGGAUUUGUAGCAGAUAGAUGAUGUCACUUGAAAUGUUUGAAAAAACACAAUAAAAAAAAAGGUCGUACGCAGAAA